AAAUCCAAAUUUUUCUUUUUGUUACUAAGCGAAUCGAAAUUUAUCGGAAUAAUUAUUUCUAUGAAUUUCUUCGUCCCACGAACUGGGUCUUAUGGUCGCGUUUUUUUGGCAAAAGAUUGUCGAUCAGAUAAAUAUUUUGCGCUUAAAAAAAUGCAAAUCAAAAAGCUCGUACAAAUGCGUCAAACCACUCACGUACAUUCAGAAAAAAACAUCUUAGAGAUUCUCUCACAUCCAUUCAUCGUUAAAUUAUAUAAAUCAUCGAUAGAUAAAGCAAAUUUAAAUAUGGUUUUUGAAUAUAUUCCUGGUGGUGAAUUAUUCAGUUAUCUGCGAAAUGUUCGUCGAUUUUCGAAUUCUAUUACUCGAUUUUAUUGUUCCGAGAUAGUUUUGGCGUUGGAAUAUCUUCAUUCAUUAAAUAUUGCAUAUCGUGAUUUGAAACCGGAAAAUUUAAUGUUGGAUCAUAAUGGUCAUAUUAAAAUGACCGAUUUUGGCUUUGCGAAAGUGAUCACAGAAAGGACUUGGACGAUGUGUGGGACAGUUGAAUAUUUAGCACCGGAAGUUUUUACUCAUCAAGGUCAUGGUAAAGCAGUCGAUUGGUGGUCACUUGGAAUUCUCAUUUAUGAGAUGAUGGUUGGUGUACCACCAUUUCAAGGAAGAAAUGUUAACGAGAUUUUUGACAAUAUACGCUCUGGAAAAUUACGUUUUACCAGAACUUUCGAUUUCUUAGCGAAGGAUCUUGUGAAAAAAUUGUUGCACACUGAUCAGCAUCAACGUCUAGGUAAUUUAAAGAAUGGUGCUAAAGACGUAAUGAAUCAUAAAUGGUUUUCGGAUAUCGCUUGGACGGAUCUCAUCGAGCGUAAAAUACCUCCUCCAAUAAAACCAUCAAUUUCAUCAAAUGGUGAUACGACAAACUUCGAAGCAUAUGAAGAAGACGAUAGUGAAGAAGUGGUUCGUAUAUAUCUUUUUGCUUUUCUAGAAAUUUAUUUAGUGAUAAUAACGAAAAUUUAA